UAGUCCACCGUAAUGCCUGCGAGAAGUACCAUCGAGGACUACGGGCCACGUUUUUUUUUGUGGAGGAUAUGUUUUUAAUUUUCGGACCCUGCGACGGUUAAGAUAACGUCCACAAACGUUGGAUCGACUCCAUAACCCGGUAGAAUCUGGGAAGUCGCCGCAGGAGGGAAAGCUGUCCACCGGUAAUUACAGAAGCUUGGAGUUGUGACCCGCCAAAAGCCGCGGAGGCUCAGCGAGGAAGUGACCAUUUUGUACCGUGUCUGGUUUCGUUGACUGUUUAUAUUGUAGUUUAUCUUGUUGGUAAAGAAAAUGAGCGGAGGGUUUAACUUCGGGCAGCCCACUGGAGGCUUCGCUUUCGGGGCCCAGAAGCCCACAGCCGCCGCUGCCCCCGCUCCGGGCUUCGGGAUGCAAAGCUCCACACCUGUAGCCCCUGCAGGGGGCUUCUCCUUCGGGACCCCCGCCCAGCCCACCGCCAACAGUGGCGGCGGUUUUAGUUUCGGAACCCCAGCAAAGAGCACAGCGGCCGGGGGUGGAGGGUUUUCUUUUGGGACCCCCACCUCCAACGCGUUUGGUCUCGGCGCGACUCCUCAACCCACAGCCACAGCGCAGGCACCGGGGAUGACUUUAGGCUCCGUGGCAGCUCCAGUUUCGAUGCAAGGGUUCAGUAUGGGCGGCGCGAUGUCCCAACAGACCACCGCUGCCCCCCCAGCAGGAGGCGGCUUCUCCUUCGGGACUGCUCCUCAGGCUCAACCCCAACUUGCUGCACCAGCUCCAGCCCAAGCAGCUCCAGCCCAGGCAACCCAAGCCGCAGCAGCAGCAACCCAAGCCGCAGCAGCAGCAGCAGCAUCAGGUGGCCUCUCGUUUGGAAGCUUCAGCUUUGGAGCAGCUACAAAGGUCCAGGCGACCACAGCAGCAGCCGCCACUCUCCCCACAGGAGGAGGCUUCGGCUUCGGCACCAGUGCUCCCUCCAACCUCACCAUGGGCAUCCAGCCCCAGCCAGUCUCCAUCGCUGCAGCCCCAACACCUCAGGGUGGAGGGUUUGGCUUUGGGAUCAAACCUUCCUCAACCCCAGCUCCUCCUGCUUCAACACAGCCAGCCCCAGCCGUAGGUCCCACUCUCUUUUCGAUGCCCUUCACUACAGUUGCGGCUUCUGCUCCUGCUGCUGCUGCUGCUGCACCAGCUGCUGGCUUUAUGCAGAGUGCAGCUCCAACUUCACUAGCAAGCACCGCUCCUGCAAUUACCACAGCCGCUAGUGGAGGUCUUGCUUUUAUGCUCAAACCUCUUGGUGCAGCUCCUGCCACCUCGACCCCCGCCGCUGCUCCUGCCUCUACUGCAGCUGCCACAACAGGUGCUCCAGUAGCCUUCAGCCUGGGACUCAAACCUGCAUCUGGCAUGAGCACCAUCACAGCACCCACAUCAAUCACCACAACCACAGCUCCUCCAGUGAUGAGCUACGCCCAGCUGGAGGGUCUCAUUAACAAGUGGAGUCUCGAACUAGAGGACCAAGAGAGACAUUUCUUACAGCAGGCCACUCAGGUGAACGCCUGGGACCGAAUGCUUGUGGAGAACGGGGAGAAGAUCACAUCCCUGCACAAGGAGAUGGAGAAGGUGAAGCUUGACCAGAGGAGGCUGAACCAGGAACUGGAUUUCAUCCUGUCCCAGCAGAAGGAGCUGGAGGACGUGCUGUGCCCACUCGAGGAGUCUGUGAAAGAGCAGAGCGGAACCAUCUAUAUGCAGAACGCCGACGAGGAGCGCGAACGAACGUACAAGCUCGCAGAGAACGUGGACGCGCAGCUGAAGAGGAUGUCGCAGGACCUGAAGGAGAUCAUCGAGCACCUCAACACAUCCAGCGGCCCUGCAGACACCAGUGAUCCACUUCAGCAGAUCUGUAAAAUUCUCAACGCCCACAUGGAUUCUCUUCAGUGGAUCGAUCAGAAUUCGGUGCUCCUGCACAGACGGGUGGAGGAAGUGUCCAAAAUGUGCGAUAACCAGCGCAAGGAGCAGGAGAAAACCUUUCGUUUAACGUUUGACUGAUGGGAGACAAACAACAGCCUCUAUAUUGACAAUUAACCAACUUCACUUGUCAUAAACCAGGAUGUUCUUAAGGCAUCAUGAUGUUUUUGAUUUGCCUUCAUCAUAGUUCCUGUUCCACUGCUUUUCCCUUCUUUCGGUUGACCUUAAGAUAUUACAUAUUUUCAAGAUAUUCUCCAUGCAUAAGGUUUUUAUAUAGAAUUGUGGGAGUAAUUGUUUCUUCCCAUGUAAAUGCUUACUGUGCUCUAAAAAAGAAUGAUUAAAUAAACCUUUAGAUUAA